CCGGCGCGCCGCCCGCUCCCGGCGUCUCGCGGCCGCAGCAGCGGAGCCGGCGUUGCCCGCCCGCGCCCAUGGAGCUGCUGUGCGUGGAACCCGCGGCUCGAGUACCGCGCGCCGGGCGCGACCCGCAGCUGCUGGGGGACCGGCGGGUGCUGCAGAACCUGCUGAGCCAGGAGGAGCGUUACAGCCCCCGCGUCUCCUAUUUCCAAUGCGUGCAGCGCGAGAUCAAGCCCUACAUGCGGAAAAUGCUGGCGUUCUGGAUGCUGGAGGUGUGUGAGGAGCAGAAAUGUGAAGAGGAGGUGUUCCCUUUGGCCAUGAAUUACGUGGAUCGCUACCUGUCGUCUGUCCCCGUGCGGAAGAAUCACUUGCAGCUUCUGGGGGCAGUCUGCAUGCUGCUGGCUUCCAAGCUGCGGGAAACCAUGCCCCUUACUGUGGAGAAGCUCUGCAUCUACACAGACAACUCCAUCACGCCUCAGCAGCUCCUGGAUUGGGAGAUUCUGGUCUUGGAGAAGUUAAAGUGGGACCUUGUCUCAGUGAUAGCAAACGAUUUCUUGGCUCACAUCCUCCAUCACCUCCCGCUUCCUAAGGACAAGGUGGAGCUGGUGAAGAAGCACGCACAGACCUUCGUUGCCCUGUGUGCCACAGACUACACUUUUGCCAUGUACCCCCCCUCCAUGAUUGCGACGGGCAGCAUCAGUGCAGCAGUGCACGGCCUGAGCAUCUCUGUGAAUGGCUUUGGUGGGGAGGCAGUCACCGAGCUGCUGGCCGGCAUCACUGGCACAGAGGUGGACUGCCUGAAGGCUUGUCAGGAGCAGAUUGAGGCAGCCCUAGCCGAGAGCCUGAAGCAGGCAUCCCAAAGCCAACAGGAAUACAGCACCGCCAAGACUGCUGCUUACCCGGCCAGCCAGCCCACCAGCACCCCCACAGAUGUCACGGACAUCAACCUGUGACCGGCUGCCCCUGCCCGAGAGCUGCCCAUCCCACGACAGCAGGACCCGACCCAGGCACCCAGAGUUUGCGGCGACCCCCGGUCCAUCCGAGAGCCCCUCCACCUGAAGCCUGCUGUGGGGAUUCGCUCUUCCUGCUGGCUGUGUGAGGGCAGCUCCGUGCUCAUCCUUCUCCCCACCUCCAGCGCCAAGGGGGUGGCAGGGGGAGGGCGCCGGGGUCUCUGGUGACUCUGUGGUGCUCAGUGCUGCUUGAACUCUGCUCGCUGGCUGCUGGGGGUGGUGGGGACGUGGUGACCCUUCCGGGGGGGCUGGGUUGCAGAAGAGCUGAGGAGGGGAACAGAAUCCAAAAGGAAAUGGUAAAACGUUUCUGUUUGCUUUCCUUGUCCCCUGGCUGGCAGACUGCUGUGCUCAGGUGUGUUUACUGCAAUGACUUCCAGCCCUGCAUGGGCCACCAAUCGUGCACAGCCAGCUCUCAGCUGGCUUAAGUGACCAAAAUGUCCAUCAUCCCCUCACCAAGCACUGUGCUCGUGGGUCCCUGGGUCUGGGCUGCUGUGUGUGGAUAGCUGUGGCUCCGGGGCGGUGUGGCUGCUUCUGCUUGGAGGGAUGUGUGUGCCUUGUUUCUUGUUGCCAUUAGGUCUGGGAUUUGCGGGUUCUUGGCUUUGCUUGGGAGAAGCGCUCCCUUUUUUGCAUGGACGCAGAGAAGUCCUCGUCCUGGGGACUCCUGGGGAGAGCAGUGGGUGCAGCGUGAUGCUGCAGCGCAAACCCGUGCAAAGUGCCUUGGCUUUCUGCUGCCCCACCGAGGCUGCUUAAUUUAUUGUUAAGUGCUAUGGGAAGAGGGGGGAGGAAGGCUGCUGCUCCAUGCGGUGGGGCCUGGAUGCCGGUCUUUUCUCCUUCCUAAAGUGCCUUUAUCCUUUGUCCCCUUCCUUUGCUCCCUGGGCAGUGGGAAGCUCUCACUUGAAAGCUGUUUGGCUGUAGGUAGCUCAGAAGUCAGGCUAGAUUUAAAGAAAAAAAACUAUCACUGAAUGUGCUGCUAUAGUCUGAAAUGCAUUUUCACUCCUCCAAGCCAGGGAUCUCAGAUCGUGUCCGGGGGGCUGUUCUGCAUCAAUACCCGUAUGGCUCUGAGCUGUGUCCUCACAGGGUAGAAAACUCACUGCGCACUUGAGUUGAACAGUGAUUGCAUUUUGUUGUCGUUCUUGUUGAUCCUGUCUGUUAGUUUUACAAAAAAAAAAAAAAGUGUUGUUUUUUUUUUAAAGAAAGAAAAACCAUUAUAUAAUGCUGCUUUUCUAAGAGAGAAUCAAUAAAUUGUAGACUUGUAUUAACCAGGAAUAGCCAGAGAGCCGCUGUGGGGCGGGAGGCAGUGCUGCUGGGGCUGCCCUCUGGACACAGAGCUGUGGCUGCUGUCCUGGGGGGAAAUCUGCUCUGGGUGCCACCAGAAACAAAUUUUAUCAGGUGGAAAAAGCUGGGGCUGCUGUUCUCCCACCACCGAUGUGUCACGAGGAGCGUCUGUACAAACAAAUUUUUAUAUAUAUGUAUGUAUGAGUGAGUUUUAAUUUAAGAGUAAUCUGUUUUGGUGUUCACAUGCAAGAGUCCUGCUGCUGGGAGAGUCAAGUACCGUAUAAUGUUGCAAUAAAGUACUUUAAAUGAG